GCCUCUCGACCAAGAAACGAACGGAGGUUGUUUUCUGAAGAGAAUUUUUCCUUUUGCGGUGUCGUACUUGGGUUGCUUAUUUUAUUAUUUUGCUAUUUUAAGUUAUUUUACCCUUAUCGUUCCACGUUUUUUGACGUUAUUAUUAAUGCAGCGCUUUUAAAUCCCGAAAGAUUUUUUUAAGUUAAAAACAUACAUAGCUAGCCAGCAGUUUUUUCCUGUUCAGGUCGCAGUGUUACGAGGAGGUUCUGCAGCCCCCUCGAGCAUGAGGUCACAAUGAAGCGCCGCUUGGAGGAUCAGGAAGCGGUUUUCGCGUCGCAGCAGCGCCGGCUCCCGGCCAGCAACGAGGGCUUCCAGCACCGGGUCCUGGCCCCAGCGCCGGCCGUCUACGAGCCAGUCUCUGACGGCAUGCAGCCCACCACCGGCAUCCAGUACUCCCUCCCGCAGGGCUACCAGGUUCCCACUGUGGCACAGAGCUCCGGGGGACAUGGCCACGCCCCCACCCCGGCCGUGCACAGCGGUGCCCACCACCACAGCCCCGCCGUCCAGCCGCACGGCGCCCAGGUGGUGCAGAGCCACGCCCACCCGCCUGCACCCCCGGCCCCCUCCGCCCCCGCCCAGGGGCAGCAGCAGUUCCAGAGGCUGAAGGUGGAGGAUGCCCUGUCCUACCUGGACCAGGUGAAGCUGCAGUUUGGAAGUCAGCCACAGGUCUACAAUGACUUUCUGGACAUCAUGAAGGAGUUUAAGUCCCAGAGCAUUGACACCCCAGGAGUGAUCAGCAGGGUGUCCCAGCUCUUCAAGGGGCACCCCGAUCUCAUCAUGGGCUUCAACACCUUCCUGCCGCCCGGCUAUAAGAUAGAGGUGCAGACCAACGACCUGGUCAACGUGACCACGCCAGGGCAGAUCCACCACAUCACUCCCCACGGCAUCUCCGUGCAGAACAUCCCCCCGCCCCCUCCCCCCCAGGCCCCCUCCCAGCUGCCCGCCCCCACCACCACCGCCGCCCCGCCCCCGCCUGUUCAGCCUACCCCGGCCAAGAUCAGCAAGCCCCUGCAGUCUCCCGCCCUGACCCCCUCCAGCCAGCCCAACCCCUCCAUCCCGCCCUACGCCUCCCCUCGGUCGCCCCCGGUGCAGCCGCACACGCCCGUCAGCAGUGCCCCGCCCCUGCAGAACAACCAGCCCGUGGAGUUCAACCACGCCAUCAACUACGUCAACAAGAUCAAGAAUCGCUUCCAGGGCCAGCCCGACAUCUAUAAGGCCUUCCUGGAGAUUCUGCACACCUACCAGAAGGAGCAGCGCAACGCCAAGGAGGCAGGGGGGAACUACACCCCUGCCCUGACGGAGCAGGAGGUGUACGCUCAGGUGGCCCGGCUCUUCAAGAACCAGGAGGAUCUUCUCUCCGAGUUCGGCCAGUUCCUGCCCGACGCCAACAGUUCUGCCUGUGGUCCCUUUUCCCAGCUGCUCAGCAAGACCACGGCUGAGAAGGCUGAGUCCGUGCGCAACGACCACGGCGGCACGGUCAAGAAGCCGCAGCUCAAUAACAAGCAGAGGCCCAAUCAGAAUGGUUGCCAGAGCCGCCGCCACUCCGGGAGCGGAACCACGCCCCCCGUUAAGAAGAAGCCUAAGCUGCAGGGCUUGAAGGACUCGUCCCUGGCAGAAGUCAGUAAACAUGGCGUCGGCACCGAGUCUCUGUUCUUUGAGAAGGUUCGAAAGGCCCUGCGGAGCGCCGAGGCCUACGACAACUUCCUGCGCUGCCUGGUCAUCUUCAACCAGGAAGUGAUCUCCCGCGCCGAGCUGGUGCAGCUGGUGCUGCCGUUUCUGGGAAAAUUCCCAGAGCUGUUCACCUGGUUCAAGAACUUCCUGGGGUACCGGGAGUCGUCCCACAUUGAGAGCUUCCCCAAGGAGCGCGCCACGGAGGGCAUCGCCAUGGAGAUCGACUACGCCUCCUGCAAGAGGCUUGGCUCCAGCUACAGGGCCCUGCCCAAGAGCUACCAGCAGCCCAAGUGCACCGGGAGAACGCCUCUGUGCAAGGAGGUCCUGAAUGACACGUGGGUGUCCUUCCCCUCGUGGUCAGAGGACUCCACCUUUGUCAGCUCCAAGAAGACUCAGUAUGAAGAGCACAUCUACAGGUGUGAGGACGAAAGAUUUGAGCUGGACGUGGUGUUGGAGACAAACCUGGCCACCAUCCGCGUGCUGGAGACGGUGCAGAAGAAGCUCUCGCGCAUGUCGGCGGAGGAGCAGGCCAAGUUCCGGCUGGACAACACCAUGGGCGGCUCGUCUGAGGUCAUCCACCGCAAGGCCAUCCAGAGGAUAUACGGGGACAAGGCCCCCGACAUCAUCGACGGGCUGCGGAAGAACCCCGCAGUAUCCGUGCCCAUUGUCCUCAAGAGGUUAAAGACCAAGGAAGAGGAAUGGCGAGAAGCCCAGAGGGGCUUUAACAGGAUUUGGAGGGAGCAGAAUGAGAAAUAUUACCUGAAGAGUCUGGACCACCAGGGCAUCAACUUCAAACAGAACGACACCAAGGUGUUGCGGUCCAAGACCCUGCUCAACGAGAUCGAGAGCAUCUAUGAUGAGCGGCAGGAGCAGGCGUCGGAGGAGAACUCGGCCCCGCCCGUCGGGCCCCACAUGACCCUGACCUAUGAGGACAGCCAGAUCCUGGAGGACGCCGCCGCCCUGAUCAUCCACCACGUCAAGCGGCAGGCCGGCAUCCAGAAGGAGGACAAGUACAAGAUCAAGCAGGUGGUGUACCACUUCAUCCCCGACCUGCUGUUCGCCCAGCGGGGGGCGCUGUCCGACCUGGAGGAGGAGGAAGAGGAGGAGAUGGAGCUGGACGAGGGCGGGGCGAAGAAGCACAACGGGGUGGCGGCCGGCGGCGGCGGGGGCGGCUCCAGCCCCGCCAAAUCCAAGCUGCUCUUCGGCAGCACGGCGGCCCAGAAGCUGCGCGGGGCGGACGAGGCCUACAACCUCUUCUACGUCAACAACAACUGGUACAUCUUCCUGCGGCUGCACCAGAUCCUGUGCUCACGCCUGCUGCGCAUCUACGGCCAGGCCGAGCGGCAGAUCGAGGAGGACUGCAGGGAGCGCGACUGGGAGAGCGAGGUGCUGGGCUUCAAGCGCGACAAGAACGACAACCCCGCCAUCCAGCUGCGCCUGAAGGAGCCCAUGGACAUCGAGGUGGAGGACUACUACUCCGCGUUCCUGGAGAUGGUCCGGAACCUUCUAGAUGGGAACAUGGACGCCUCCCAGUAUGAGGACUCCCUGCGAGAGAUGUUCACCAUCCACGCCUACAUCGCCUUCACCAUGGACAAGCUCAUCCAGAGCAUCGUCCGGCAGCUCCAGCACAUUGUAAGCGAUGCCAUCUGCGUCCAGGUGACGGACCUGUACCUGGCCGAGAGUCCCAACGCGGCCACAGGGGGCGCUCUCUCCUCCCAGGCCUCCCGCGCCACCGCCGAGGGCACCUACCAGCGCAAGGCCGAGCAGCUCAUGUCCGACGAGAACUGCUUCAAGCUGAUGUUUAUGAAGAGCCGAGGGCAGGUGCAGCUGACCGUCGAGCUGUUGGACACGGAGGAGGAGAACUCCGACGAGCCCGCGGAGGCAGAGCGCUGGUCAGACUACAUCGGCCGGUACGUGAACCUGGACUCCACCUCCCCGGAGCUGCGUGAGCACCUGGCCCAGAAGCCAGUGUUUCUCCCCAGGAACCUCCGUCGGAUACGCAAGUACCAACGAGGGCGGGAACAGCAGGAGAAGGAGGCCAAGGAAGGCGGGAAAAAGUCCUCAAGCGAGAACUCGGAGAGUCUGAAGCUGGAGAAGAAGUCCUCGGAGAACGCGGAGAACCUGAAGCUGGAGUGCAUGUUCAAGCUGAACUCCUACAAGAUGGUGUACGUCUUCAAGUCUGAGGACUACAUGUACCGACGCACCGCUCUGCUGAGGGCCCACCAGUCUCACGAGCGGGUCAGUACUCGGCUGCACCUGCGCUUCCAGGCCUGGGUGGACGCCUGGGUGCGGGAGCACGUCACCCGGGAGAUGGCCGCCGAAAGCUCCAAGUGGCUGAUGGGAGAGGGGCGGGAGGGGCUGCUGCCGUGCACCACCACCCGCGAUCCCGAACUCCUCCACUUCAGGAGCAUCAACAAAUACCGCGUCAAGUACGGCCCCACCCUCAAAGCACCGUAACCGGCCCGCCAGCCUGGGAGGGGAGUUCUGGGGGCGGGGGAGAUUAGGGAACGGCGGGAGGGGGCGACAAUUUAGAGGUGGGAUGAGGGAGGGUAAUGAGGGGUGGGAGGGGUGGGGGUAAUGAAAGAUGUGGCAGCAAAAGAAGAAAAAAAAGCUGUCCUCCGUAUGGUUCUGUGGACAGCUGGUGUGUGUCUGUUUUUAACAGCAUUUUAGCUGUACCUGCGUCUGCAGGACCAUGGUGCCAAAAGCAGGGACUGGCCCCCUGCUUGUCCUGACCCCCUCCCCUGCCGACCCCUACUCGCUGGCCCCGCCCGCACCCCACACCCGCUCCACUGCUGUCCGCAGUGGGCACUGCCCAACUCAUUUUCAAUUUGAUAAUUAACCAAGUUGAUAGGUUCACUCCCAUUUUUUUAGGUGUAUGUGAACUUAUACAGGAUGUAAAAACAUCCGUUCAGGGUGUGGUUUGGCCAUUGUGUCAGCUGCACUUCUCUUAUCUAGGAGUGGGUUAGGGCAGGGGGAGGGAUUCAGAUGAUCUGUUAUGGACAGGCUUGGUCAUUUGAUUAAGCCAACAAAAUAAUUUUCCUGUGUGAACAAAUUUAAUACAAAAAAGACACUCUUGGCUACAAAGGCGGGAGUGAUUUGAUUUUUUUAUUAGAACGGUUUAGGGUAAUGUGCACUUAAUUUGGGAUCGGAAAGGGGCUAUCUUGAUAUUUGCCUGCAACUUAAAGGUGUGGUGAGUUCAAAACGGCCAAUGGGCGAUAGUUUGCCACAGUGAUACCCGUUGCGUUGGCGGCCUAAUAUGCCAUCACACAAAAACAAGGUCAAAGGAAAAGGGUAGAGUUUUGGUUUUUUAAAAUACUUAUUACCUGUUCAAAAGGCAGCAUUAAAGAAAACACGGCCUGUCUCAGACAGGAGUCCAUCGAAGGUAAGGAGAGAAGGGGCACUGCGAUAUUUGAUGUCAAAAAAUGAAAAAACGAAAAAAAAGAUGACUGAAAGAAAAGCAAAAUUCUGAUCGAGUCAGACCACCCUGCAGUUUCUUGCCUCGGACUGUAAAGUUGUAUAGCUUGUGAAUGUCAGGUUAUGGCGUAUAUGCUGGUAUGUGUAAUUACAGCUGACUCUGGACGCCCAUUACAGAGAAGCUCUCCUUGCCGAUACACCAGCUUGUACACAAGAAAAUGAGAACAAUAAGAAUGGACUUACCCCCACACUGAUAACACACUGUAAAUAAAAUGUACAUAGUGUCAACCUUUUUUAUUACAGAGAUCUGCAUUGAUGUGCUAGUAUACUUUACAAGCUUACUGUGGACUUAUGUGAGAGGUGGCUAAAGUUAGUACGUAUAUUACAAAAAGAAAAAGGAAAAAAAAAAAAAAAAGAAAAUAUGCCAGACAGUUUAUUACAGUUUUUACCAAAGGGAGUUGAUAAUAAUGAUAGCUGUUUUUUUUUUUCCUUGUGUGUUACUUUUUUUAAUAGUAAAAAAAUGUUUGUUUGAAAAAGUAGAAAUGUAUCCAGGAUUUUUUUGAGAUGGGAGUUUUUUAUAAAGUACCUUUUCUUGAAAUUUAAUUUGUUGAAAUUUGGCUUUUUUAUUUCAAGGCAAUAAUAUCACUGCCCCCAUUUUGGAUAUACUGGAGACACUUCUGUUUGGAAUCCUUACAACAAGGCUCAAAACAGAUAAAUGUCUGUUGUUUAUUUCAUUUUUCCUCCCUUACCCUGCCUCCCCCUCACACUUCCCCCACACCCCCCACCCUGGAUAGAUUUCUGCUGAAAAUAUGCAUAUUUGUUUUUUGUUUUGUUGUUUUUUUGUUUUUUAAACAGUCUCAAAAGCAUGUCCUGUCAUGUCUGACCAUCAAAGCCCCUUUAUUUCAAUACUAUUUAAAAAUGAGGAUAAUAAAAGUGGUUUGUAGCAGAUUGACCCUGUGUCUUUGGCCAGUUGUUCGGUGUGAUUGACAGGGUGAGAACCUGGGUGAGUCGGUGCCCAACAAGGCCCGCCCCCUCGCUGCUGACUGCGUUCAGGCAGCCUUAUAGACCACAUCAGGGGUCCCACCUCACAUCACUCAAAGCACAGUCUACGGCCGUGAGUUCUCCUUUCGUACUGGAUUUAUCCGAAGACGCGUUGUGUUCCAGGUUCAGUUCGCACUCUUGAUCGGUUCUAACUCUUCUCUGUGUCCCGUCUUCUCAGAAGCAGACCUGUGUAACAUUGGUACACAAGUCGAAGCGGUUAACUAGUAAAAUCCUGGUAUUAACCUGUAAAGACAAACCCUUGCCCAUUCAGACCAAUAAAUGGGACUGAAGGUGAGGGUCGCUAUGGUUGUUUCUUUUUUUUCUUUUUUUCUUUUCUGCUCUCUGAAGUCUGAAAUGUUGUAUUUCGCACAGCAAAGAAGGGCAAACUGUUUUUGCCUCCGAUCCACAGAAGAUUGCUCUCAGUGGUAUGUGACUGUAUAUUAUGUUUUGCCCAACUGUUUAAUUGGUGGAAACGGUGGGUACCACACCAUUUUAGGACAGGGUUGCCACAUCUGAUAGUCAUCUGCCCCUCUAGAUUUGUUCCUUUAGUGUCACGCUUUGAUCCGGCGGUUUUCUGAAUAUGGGUUUUUGUGCCUUCCUCACCAGAUACCAAUUUGGUUAAUUAAUGUACCCUUAUGAUAUUUUUAGUGUCCUCACCUUGUAAUUAUAUAUAUAUAUAAUGUUCUUUUUUAAACUUUUCUUUUUUCAAACUUCUGAUUUCAUUGUUGUUUACAGUGAAACUUGGAGCAAGCAAUUUCCAGAUUCCAAAUUUGUAGAAAAUGUUUUGAAAUAACCGGUGAAUCAGAAUCUUGCACACACUUGAAAAAAAAACAAAAAAACAAGCAAUACACCAUCAGUAAGCUCGUGUGAUUCAUUUGUGGAUGUUCUUUUAAUUCCUUUUUAAACUAUCUUGUUUCUGUUUGUGAACCACUGGCACUAACGUGUCCCCCGUGUUGAACCACGUAGAUUUUUGUACAGAUGCGUUUUUAGGAGUUAGAAAAAUCGAGCAAAAACACACGAUUCACAUAGAAGGCAAUCUGCCGAAGUAUCAGUAGUCAUAGAUUUUUACGUGUUUGUGCUUUACUGAUCGUUUCCUUGUACCCUGUUUGAAUUUCCCCUUCAUGUAGGAGGACAGAUUAGUUUGUCACACUGACCGGACCUUUCUUUCACUAAGGAUUUAUGUGAUGAUUGUAAUAUACUUCCUGCCUUUUUCAGAUCAUUGAUAUGUUAAUGCGAUAUCAGCCACGUUAAGGUAUGUACUUGGAAGGGUUUAGGUGCUGAUGCAAUAAACUGAGAUUGCCGUC